ACCCUCCCUGUGAACUUUCAGAGUGGACAUUGUAAACAUGUCGACUUAAAAAUAUGGAAAAGACUUCCGGCUUUUUCUUAAAACAGACUAAAGCGUUGUGUAUGUUUAGUUGCCAGGGACAGGGUGUAGCAAUAAUAGUAGCAGUGUGCGGUGGCAGUGCAGGCGAUAGCGGCUAACAGUUUAACGACUCGCUAAAACAAAAGUGACCGUGCUGUUGCUCGGCAUUUUCACAAGUUAAAAGGUCACGCACCACCACAGCUGAGACCCAUAGCUACACAUACAAAGCCAGAAACGUGAAGUUGCAGACGACUAGUGUAGCAGAUAUCAAAUUUCUGAGGAUUAUAUAAUUGCUGUAGAACAGUUAAUAUACAGCAGGACAUGAACAAAUAAAAGAAAAUUCCUCUGUAAACUUGCGACAGUACAAGGUUCCAGGCAUAUGACACAAUGACAGAGGCAUUGGAGGCAGACCUGAGAAAGAUCUUAGCCUCUCAACCAGUCCCUAUUGAUGUUAUAGACUGUCAAAGAAAUGAAGAAAUGAGCAUCAUUCCUGUGACCAAAGAAUCUAUAUGUUAUAUCGUCGCCGUCAUAUUGUUCAAUGACGCUGGACAAGUGCUCUUGGUUCAAGAGGCCAAGCGUCAGUGCUAUGGCAUGUGGUAUUUACCAGCUGGUAGACUGGAGCGCAAUGAAAACUUUGUGGAUGGAGCAAAACGAGAAGUAAAAGAAGAAGCUGGUCUUGAGUGUGAGGUGACUUCACUAAUCUCAGUCCUUUGCAUAAAAGCUACCUGGAUGAGAUUCACUUUCACUGGUGAAAUCACAGGUGGAAAUUUAAAGACAACAGCACAAGCAGACAAAGAGUCUCUUCAAGCUCAGUUUUAUGAUCUGCAAGACAUUUACAGCAGGAAUGUUAAACUGAGGGCUACAGAUAUCAUCCCAUUGCUCCAUCAGGCUGAAAAAUACAGAGGGGCUGCAAGCUCUGUGCCACUUCAUCCAUCUCUGCUGCCAACCAUUGCUCCACAUUCACAUGUGCUGCAACGCCCAGUCAUUGUUGCAGAGAGAGCUGGUGAUAAAAGAUUAUACAUUUUGGCAAGUUUUACAGGAGCUGUACAUAUACCUGUGAUUGCUGUUUCAUUAGAAGAAGUUUCUCUUCUUGUCAGUAUCUUCCAUAUUCUGAAGAAAGACUUGUCAAACACUCCAUCAUGGACAGUCUGUGGACUACUUAGUGUGGAGCACUGUGGAAUCGUGGACAGCAAACAUGAUGGCCUUUGUCUCACAUCACUUAUCAGUUAUUCUGUACCAGCUGAUACUGAGCUCCCUAAGGUCAAUGACUCGAAUUUCCAGUGGAUUUCUCUCACAGACCAGGAUCUCGUGACUGAAAUGCAUAAGAGAUUGUCAGGCUAUAUAGUUCCACUAUCACUCUCCUAAUGUGUAAACUUGGAAUGAAACAGCCUUCUGAAUGAGUUAAGACGAAAGGAGAAGUAUGAAGAGGCUGUGUUUUUGAUGUACAUUUUGUCAUAUUUAUUUAUUUUAGAAGUAAAAGCAUAAGCUGGAUCUCAUAAUUUAAAAAAAAAACAAAAACGAUGUCUGCCUUAUGUGUAUAGAUGUCAAUGUAUUUUAUCUACGGAUAGACUACAGUAGAUCAAAUGUUGCCGUACCUUGACUGAUACUAAAUCUAAAAUUUUGUGGGUUACAUAUUAACAGAUUCUGCACGCUGACAUAUGCAUGUCUCAGUAAAUCAUAUUUUACAACUUGUUAUUGAUGGAGAAAUUGUAGCCACACUGUCAUUAGAACAGCAUCAUAAUCAGUCAAUGAAACAGAUGUAGGCAUAGUAGAGGGCUAUGAAGCCUGGCAGUUAUUUUGCUCUGUAGAUGUCAGGGCCAGGGCUUGCUCAAGCCUGAGAUUGAAAAACUCUCCCUGCCAAACUAGCAGUGGUCUGGCGGAAACGGAUCUUAGAUUCAUCAGGGAAUUAGAGGUAGCUGGAGGAAAGAGUUGAGCAUCACUAUGUGCCCUUGCAACAGGCUUAUGGAAUUCUUUACCUUUUAUCUUACUAAAAUGCUUAUACAUACAUAGAGUUGGGUGGAGGAGUAGGUGAAUAGAGAGAGAAUAUUAAAAAAUUAUGCAAAAUUAUAUAAAAAUAUUGAGGUUGUAUAUUAUUCAGUUAAAUGUAAUUAAUAUGUAUAAUAAUAUAUAUAUAAUUAAUAUGCAAAUAUGCAUUAAUUAGUAUUACUUGUGUGUUUGUACAUAAAUGUUAGUUUCUUUAAUUCAAUGUUUUUAUACAUUAAAAUAUGUAAUAUAUAAAUUUUUGUGAUAUCUCUGGAAAUUGCUGAAAUGCUGGUUAAGCUGCAAUUUCACUUCAGGUUUUAAAAGACAAGCAGUUUCUUUUAUUACAGUUGAUGCUUUUUUGCUCUAAGAGUGUUUUUGUUCAUGAUGAACAAAAGGGAGUAUGAUGUCAGCAGUUUUACAAUUAUAAGCCUGUUUUUAAUUGUUGUUUCAGACUAAUAGGUGAUGUCAGGUGUGUUAGAUACUAGGAUGUCUAUUAUCAACAUGAUUCAGCUUUUUUAAUUAAAAAAAAAUCUCUUGAAGUCUUGCAUGAUUAACUGUAAUGAUUUUUAAGUUUGA